AUGCACGUAGGGACGAAGCCAACGGCGACUCCGACCAUAACAACAGCCGCCACGACAACUAACCACAACUACCACAUCUACCACGACUACCACCACUACAACAAGCACCACAACCACCACAACUACCACAUCUACCACGACUACCACCACCACAACAAGCACCACAACCACCACAACUACGACAUCUACCACGACUACCACCACCACAACAAGCACCACAACCACCACAACUACCACAUCUACCACGACUACCACCACCACAACAAGCACUACAACCACCACAACUACCACAUCCACCACGACCACCACAACAACCACCACAACUACAACUACAACCACCACCACAACAACUACCACAUCCACCACGACCACCACAACUACCACAUCCACCACGACCACCACAACUACAACUACAACCACCACCACAACUACCACCACCACAACAACCACCACCACAACUACCACCACCACACCACCACCACAACAACUACCACAUCCACCACGACCACCACAACAACUACCACAACUACAACUACAACCACCACCACAACAACCACCACUACAACUACUACGACAACUACCACAACCACCACCACAACAACUACCACAUCCACCACAACAACCACCACAACUACAACUACAACCACCACCACUACUACCACCACCACAACAACUACCACAACUACCACCACAACAACCACCACCACUACAACUACUACAACAACCACCACAACUAGUACAACAACGACGACAACCAGGCCUGUGGUCACAACGCCAAGGGUUUUGCCUCCGAAGCUGACGUACCCGCUCGUUUGCACGGUCAGCACCCUCUACCGGAGGUCGAUGGCGCUUCCCAGCGACGGAGUGUGCGAUUACCUCUUCUACGACUCGCUGUACAAGGAUAACAUGAACAUUCUCACGCAACCACUGAGUGCCGACCUGUACGACUUCCUGCGACGUGCCGCUCAGCACAAAACAACAGAAUUCGGCCUGUCCUUCGAUUCCGAGAAUCAGUUUUUUCAAAGAGACUACAACACAUCAGAGUUCCAAUCCUUGGUGGCCGACGUCGCCAAUGAAGGCGUGUUGCACUUGGGCAUUAUGAACAUGCUCAACGACACCACGGACAAUGCGACCAUGGACAAGGCACUGAAGAUAUUGCUGGUUUGCCAGACGUCCACACAAGCAAUAAAGAAGCACUACCAAUACGAUAAAGUCGCGCAGGCUGGAAUCUCUUUCGACAAGGAACUGGGACGCACCCUGACGCUGGAGUCUGAGCAAAGUCUUCGAGAGAAGCUGUGUGGGCUGAAGAAGGUUCAACUACGGACGCCGUUCAGCAUCGCAGUGUAUGACAUCGAUUUCGACGCCCCGGGGCCAGCUUGCGCCCCCCUGAACAUCACCGGCCCAUACCGGCGCUUGCAGUUGAUACACAACAUACGGAAUUUCUUCAGGGACCGCUUCCGGCGAUCCGAACACGAAUCCCAAUGCCUGAAGGUCACCGUCUGA